AAGCUGUCUGUUCUUCCUCCUCGCUCUUCGUCUUCCCCAACUCUGCCCACCCACCAGCCGUCGCCGCCGGCCACCAUUGCCCGCUACCAACUAAUAAAUCGGCGCAGAGGGAAAUGCCUGUUAUACUUGAUGAGCUUUUACUGCUGAAGGAGGCUAAUAUUGAAGUAACGUCGGGUAAAGAUAGUCUUGACUAUUCGUUCAAUACUCUUCUUAAUGCCAUGCCUAAUCUUGAGAGACUCAAUCUGAGUCUAUUUAUGAGAAGAGAGACAAAGGGAUGGGUAGUGAGCCCCCGUGAUUUCAUUCAUCUAAGGUAUCUGAACAUGGAGAUUCAUUUACAUGGACAAGUAGAGUGCUCAAGUGGGCUUCUUCGUCUAGUUUCCCUUUUGGAAGUAGCACCCCUUUUGGAAGAGCUGGAAUUGCAUAUGUGUAUGUGUGAUAUACCAACCACAUUGUUUAAAUUGAGUAAGAAUAGAUCUGGGGUUCAGCACAGUCACCUCAAGACAAUAUGACUGGAUUUUAUGGUUGCAAGGGACAGAUUGAGCUGGCACGGUAUAUUCUGGAGAAUGCUACCGCACUUCAGCAUAUGACUGUGGAUCCAGUUUCCAAGAUGGUGCAUAGCAAGUCUGUGGAUUCCUUGAUAAGGCUUAAAGAACUUACUGGUCGUCAAAAUGCCAAGUCUUUCCUUGCUCGACAGAAAUUCAGUCAGAUCCUUACUAUUUUGUAAAUGGCAUAAAGUUUAUGAUACCCAAAGCACUGAACUACGAAACCGAAUAUUUAAUCCCAGAAGUUACAGAACUGGAUCAUCUGAGGUGGUUUUAGUAAUUUGGACCAAAUGAGAGAAUUUUGUCACAUGGGCACACAAGCAGCAAAAUGUGAUUGGCAUUUGGCAGAGAAGAAAGUAUCACCCCUCUCAUCAUAUGUGGCAAAUAUAACUUGAUCCUUUAAUGUAAAUGAUCCAUUUUGUAAGUUUGGAGGGUUAAUUGUUUUGUUUUAUAGAUCAGGUGUUUAUGUGACCUUUAUCAAAAUGUUUUAUAUAUGUGGCAAAUAUCCUGAAGUGGAUUUGAUUGAUACAAAUUAUGUGACCUUUGUAUCUAGGGUGGUACUUGUGCCUGGCAAUGGGUUUAGGUGUCACAGAAAUGGUUAAUGAACUUUUUGUUGUUGUUGUUGUUUUAA